CGGAUUCAUGCAAUUCCAGGACCAGAUGCUUGCUGCGGAUUUUAGGGACAAGAGCAUUUUCCAUGCAAAUGGCUUCGAGGCACUAGCUGGAGCACCGCCAAUAUUAUGCAACUAGUUGCAGCGUGCGCUGGUGCGGUGUGCGGUUCCUGUCUCGAUAGAAACCGUCUUCGUUUCGGUGGUUAGAUAUCAACGUCUGUUUAGGCUUAUCGAAUUAUUGAAUGACACUUUGAAGUCUCUGGGUAAUAAACGCGUUUGUAGAAGCUGAACAGAACAAUUCGUGCUGCAUUGCCACUACAAACUGGAUACUGACUGUGGAGGUCCUCGUCCUCCUUCCUACAGACGGACCUGCACUCGCGUCUUCGAGCGUCGUCGGUCCUUAACCAUGAAUACUUGCGCGGUUGCAAUUUGCUACUGCUCUCUUUGUGCCGACUUAGUGAGAAGCACAUGCUUUGACAUCCGAUACCUCCGUCUUGGUUGAGCUUGUAGCGUGAAGGAUUAGCGUGGACUCAGGUGGAGGGACUCUUGAGGGGGUUCCUAUGCUACUGCUAGACACGACGACAGGCGUAUCACGUGAGCGUCAUGACGGGGUGAGGGGUUCCCACCCACUACCCCCCGACGCAGGCGAGGGAGCUGCUGCCGUAAGUCGAUGUCGUGGCUCCUUGUAGGCUUCUUCCCUAAGUGUCUGACCGCUUCACUUCCAACAUCACAGCCUUUUUGUUCUGUCAAAAAUAGACGGGAAAACGCAAGUCUUUUUCAUGAAUACGGUCCGCAUCUUCAACAAUAUAUACGUCGUGACGUGUCCUACCGCCUGUUGGUCACCAUGAUGAAGAGGAAUCGCUCGUCGGCGGCCACCGUGGCUUUUUUCAUCUUUUUCUCGUGUGCCCUGCACAACUGCUGUGUCGGGAGUCAGGCAGUUGCGACAGAUGCUGUCGAAUCCACACAAGAGACGGAUGGGGAGGCCAAUGCAAACUCUGCAACGGUGGUGACCACAGGCGAACUCCACCCGACGGAGGCAGAUCAGAAUGACUCAGGAGCUGCUGUUCUUCCAAAGACGUCGAAGGAAACUAUGCUCGCCGACAGCACAACGGGGUUAAACUUUUCGGUGCUAGCCAUUUUGGCUCUACGACUGGCUAUGACGCACCUACACCAGGGCGAGGAAGGGACGCUAAACACCAGUGACGUAACUGGAGGAAUCCAGAGACGAAGACUUUCAACAAGAGUACCUGGCAACCAGAGAUUCGCCAGCGACGUACGAAUUGGGGGCGAGGGAGUUGUUACAGGCGGCCAGACUCGCAAGAGACCACCCUGUCAGGCUGAUUCCAGCGUCUUGUGGGUCAUACCACAGACUUUCGGGGCUGACCAAAGCUGUUUUUGGCUUGAAGAUCCGUGGAGUGGUUAUUCUGUAGAUGUUGAAAUGGAUUAGCCCUGUUCACUAGACGGUUUGUUUUAUCUUACAUCGAUACCAGGUCUUCCGCAACGCGGUCAAAAUAGACGUAGAGAGUAUGCAGGUGAGACACGAGGUGGCGCUGCAACGCCAGGUACGCGUGUGCGGUUGCACGCCAUUUCAGACGGUCCUGGAUGUGUUCGCAGCGUAGCCCCCGUCGCUUCAACGUUUUUCCCGUGUUCAGCCUCAGACAGUAGGAUGUCAGCAGGCCGGUGUUGACGACGGCCGGUGAGCAGCCUGAUUGCGAGUCUUGGCGAUCUCUAUGAGGACGGCACGAGCGAGUCGGGAGGGGUGGAAGUGUGUUUGAAGGGGAUGGAGAGACACAUUUUUCG